CUUUUAUUUUUAAAUAAUUCAGAUUUGCAGACCAUUUUUCAGUUUACAUGUACUGCCUAAGGCUGUCUACCAGGCAGUAAGAUGAUGAAUAUGGGCUUAGAUGAACAAACAGACACAUUCCAGUGGACAAAACCUAUGGAAUUAUUCCAGGGAAAGAAAGUGGUAAAAGUGUGUGCACCUAUGGUUAGAUAUUCAAAGUUACCAUUUCGAAUGUUGGUUAGAAAGUAUGAUUGUGACCUGGCUUAUACUCCAAUGAUUAUUGCAGACUCAUUCGUUAAAUCACUGAAGGCACGGGAUAAUGAAUUCACAACUUGUAAAGAGGAUCGUCCCCUCAUUGUUCAGUUUGCUGCCAAUAAUGACCUUGACUUUGGUGAUGCUGCCACUAUUGUCUCACCGUUUGCAGAUGGAGCAGACCUGAACUGUGGGUGUCCCCAAAGAUGGGCACAACAAGAAGGUUUUGGGGCAUGUUUGAUCCAUAAACCAGAUCUGGUACACAACAUGGUGUUACAAACUAGAAACAGGGUAGACAACCCUGAUUUUACAGUAUCUGUGAAGAUCAGAAUACACAAUGACAUCAGAGACACUGUGAAUCUAUGUAAGAGCUUGGAAGCAGCUGGUGUUUCCUGGAUAUCUGUUCAUGGUCGCACAAAGGAUCAGAGGAACCAGCCAGUAAAUCUAGAAGCAGUAAAAUUAAUAAAAGAAAAUGUAGGGAUACCAGUCAUCGCCAAUGGUGACAUUAAAUCUUUGGAAGAUAUUGAAGAGGUCAAGAAAUUGACAGGAGUAAAUGGAGUAAUGUGUGCUAGAGGAAUGUUACAGAAUCCGGCCAUGUUUGCUGGAUAUGACAAUACUCCCUUACAGUGUUUAAAAGACUGGGUGGAUUUAUCAUUAAAGCUUGGUACAGCACACACCAUCUUCCAUCAUCAUUUAAUGUAUAUGAGUGAAAGAAUUAUGUCAAAGGCAGAGAAACGUAUCUUCAACACGUUACCAAGUACUCCAGCAGUGCUUGACUUUCUGCAGGAAAACUACGAUGUAAAAUAUGAAAAAGGAUGAUGCAGAACAUUGAAACAUUAAAACCAAAGUUUUUGUUAAGUACUUGACAAAAUGAUGGUUUGGUGGGCGAUGAGAAAAGUUUUAAAGAAAAACAGUUGCUAAAUAACUAGCUUAAAAGCAAGUAUUUAAGUUAAGUAAUAAGGACACAAGAAGUAAAAUGCUCAGAUUUUGAUUACACAAUCCGAGAUGAUGUGCUCUGUCAAUUGUACCUAGUUUAUUACUUUUUUUGUAAUGCACAAGUUUUUCGACAUAGUUGUGUUGAUUACCUUUGAAUAUUUUCAAACAUUAAGUAGCCUUUAAUUAUUCAAAUUUGUUCAAGCAGCAUCCUGUAUUGUGAUGAUGCUCAAGAAAUAUCCAAGUGAAAAUAUACUAAACCGUUACAAUUUUCAAAGAAUUAUUAAUAGAAAUAUGUUCACUUUAAUAGGCUGUAAUGUGAUUAAAAGCUUUAGCAAACAAUUGAAUGUUUUUUAUAUUUUAUACAUACCUGUGUAGCUGUGAAUAAAUAAUCAAAAGUU